AUGUAUACUACUGACUUUGGAGCACAGCAGGUGUUGGUGCACUUGUAUACUCUUUUCAUGGCAAUCAGUAUCCUAAUAUACGAUCACAUGGCAACUCUCCCAGAAGAGAUCGUGUUUAUCUGGCGUUGUCCGAAAACGAUGUCUGCAGUGUUGUUUCUAGCCAAUCGCUAUUUUGCCGUGCUCGUCAAUAUUUUUGACUUAGCUAGCAAUUUCCUGACCGUUUCAACCAAGGUUCUGCAUUCUUACUUAGCUGUUUGGAUAUCACGUUGGUUGUACAAGUGUUACGUGUUUCCCAACAAUUCCUUAUUUGCCGAGGGUUGGCGGUAUCUCUCGGAUAUGAGUCAAACAGUGUGGUCGACGGCGACUGCAUUCCAACAUACACAACAGAGACGUUAUGGGAUGGCAUGGGUAGCAACAUUUAUCUACGAAUUACUCAUCUUUGUCCUCACAGUCUUCAGGACUUGGAAGAUUAGGGGAUUAUCGCGGUUCUCCCUAAUAUCUAGGGGAGAUAUCCUUGAUGUCAUAUUCCAUGAUGGUGUGAUGUACUUCGCAGGGAUGGUAUUGGUCAAUCUACCCAACAUUCUGACGUACUUCUCACGCUCAGACCAUGAUUUAGUGUGGUCCAGUGAGCACAUACCCGAAACCAGUAUAGGCAGCCUUGGCCCAUUUACUUCUUGCCUAUCUGUCACUCUGAUCUCUCGCAUGAUGCUUAACCUGCACGGAUGUAUUGACACUGGCAUUUUAUCUACCCCUACCGAGACCAGCUCCGACGUCCUCACCACCAGGGUCGACGUAGAGUCUGCGGUCUGCUCAGACCAUUGGUAG